AUGUGGACAUCACUGCCGUUUUUCCUUUUCCCUGCUGUUUUAUUGCUGUGUGGCUGCAAGUGUGCCUCGGCUUCCCUCUGCCCGGAGAUCUGCUGGUGCUUCUCCAGCACGAUCAAAUGCAACAACGUGACGGAGCGCUCUGCUCAGACGAUAGGCGACAAGGGUAAAAGACUAGUGCUGUACCACCUCACUUUACGCACUAUUUCAAGCCAUUCUUUUGAAAAUCUGAGAAGAGUCCAGAGGAUUGAGAUUGCUCAGAGUAUAACCCUGGAAAACAUUGAGACACUGGCGUUCAACAACCUCCUCAACCUCUCUGAAAUCUCAAUCCAGAACACAAGAAGUCUGACGCACAUUGACAGAGGAUCAUUUAACAACCUCCCCAAACUACGUUACUUGAGCAUCUCAAAUACUGGCAUAACCUUUUUCCCCGAUAUGAUGUCGAUCAAUUCUCUUGAAUCAGAUUUUAUCCUGGAUAUCUGCGACAACCUCUAUCUUCCGGAAAUCCCUCCAAAUGCUUUCAUUGGAAUAACAAGGGAGUAUGUGACAAUGAACCUAUACAACAAUGGAAUCAGAGAGAUACGUGACCAUGCUUUCAAUGGGACCAAGAUAGAUAAAUUGGUAUUAAAGAAUAACCGAAACCUCAGAGUGAUCCACAGCGAAGCUUUCAGAGGAGCCACAGGCCCUGGAGUCUUGGACGUCUCUGCAACAGCAAUUGGGAAGUUACCAUCACAGGGACUUGAGUCAGUUCUGGUCUUGUUGGCCCAGUCAGCACAUUCCUUGAAGAGACUUCCUCCUCUGCAAGGACUCUGGAGCCUGCGAGAGGCUUAUCUCACCUACAACAGUCACUGUUGUGCACUGCUGAGCUGGAACACACACAGGGAUUUCCCCAUAAAUCCUCCAUGGAGCAAUGGAUCUACUUAUUGUGGUCCAUCAGCAAGGGUUCAAGGUGUGAUUGGAACCUCGUCUAUGUCAGAUGAUGAUCUGCUCAUCACAGAUGAAGACUUUGGAGAUGUGAAUUUCCACUAUCCAGAAUUAGACUUAUGUCAGACCAGGCCAAGUUUGCUAUGCACGCCUGAAGCCGAUGCUUUCAAUCCAUGUGAGGACAUUGCAGGUUUCAGUUUUCUCAGAGUGGCCAUUUGGUUUAUCAGCAUACUGGCCAUCACAGGUAACCUGACAGUGCUGCUGGUCUUCUUCAGCAGCCGGACCAAGCUGAUGGUGCCACGCUUCCUCAUGUGCCACCUGGCUUUUGCUGACCUCUGCAUUGGAAUCUACCUCCUGAUGAUAGCAAUUGUAGAUCUGCGCACAUGUGGUCACUACAGUCAGCAUGCUAUUGAAUGGCAAACAGGGCCUGGCUGUAGCGCUGCAGGCUUCCUGUCUGUGUUUGGUGGGGAACUGUCCGUCUACACACUCUCCACCAUCACCCUGGAGCGCUGGCAUACCAUCAACAACGCUCUGCAGGUAGAGCGCCGUCUGUGCCUUACACAAGCUGCAAGCAUAAUGGCAGCUGGCUGGCUGGUGUGUCUAGGUAUGGGAGCUCUCCCCUUGGUUGGUGUAAGCAGCUACAAUAAAGUCAGCAUGUGCUUACCCAUGGACAUAGAAACGCCUCUGGCUCAGGCCUUCAUCAUAGUUGUCCUGCUCUUCAAUGUGUCUGCCUUCCUUAUUGUCUGUGUUUGUUAUGUCCUGAUCUACUUGGCUGUGAGAAACCCUGAGUUCCCCAGACGCAGCACCGAUACCAAGAUCGCCAAGCGUAUGGCCGUGCUGAUCUUCACGGACUUCCUGUGCAUGGCACCCAUCUCCUUUUUUGCCAUCUCUGCUGCUUUCAAGAUUCCCCUGAUCACAGUUACGAACUCCAAGAUUCUGCUGGUUCUCUUCUUCCCCAUCAAUUCUUGCGCCAAUCCCUUUCUUUAUGCUAUAUUCACUAAGGCCUUCAGAAAGGAUGCAUAUCAGCUCAUGAGUGCCAUGGGCUGUUUUAAGAAGAAGGCCAGUGUUUAUCACAUGAAGGCCUGCUGCUCAGAAAAUGUAAUUAAGAGCAACUCAGGUUCCAACCGAAAAGGUAAUCGCAAAAAACUGAGAUGGGUUGCUUUCCCACAGCGGAACACAAAAGAGGAAGGAGACCAGACCUGAAGCCCAUUGGAAUGGAGUUCUGAAAAUGAAAUACAAAACCGUUAUGGGGUACCGAAAACAAACAGUGGGACAAGAGAAGUGAAUAAACAGAAGAGAAAAAUAACACAUGUUGAAUUCGGGGGAAAUUGUUGUGGUCAUCUGUUAUGUUGACAUCAAUGACCACUUUUAUAGUUUUAUAUUGCAAUGCUUGGAAUGGGGAUAUUUUCUAUCAUACAUGACAACAAUACAGUUAUUAUUAUAAUGUUAUUAUUAUUCUGAGUAAUCACCUUCAUCCUAUAGGGAGACAUUGGUGGUUUCAUCAGCGGUUUCAAUAUAAGCCAUGCACUGUGGCAGCUUCGGUCAUCUGGUUGUAAUCUCAGAUUAUACUUUCAACCUCAGUGGGGUGUUGUUUACUUAAAUCAUAAACAAGAAAACAAAUGAAUGCCCUUAUUUGCCACCAAAUCACCUUAGUGGAUUAAGCAGAGAGCCCAUAAGGUUUUCAGGACCCACAAAGUACCACAUGUUGGAAG